AUAUAGCCGCAGAUUAUACCGGGCCUUGGUUACAUUAAUCUUGUCCUUAAACAUAUUUUAUCUUUGUUUCUCUCUUUCUUUUAACCCCAUUUUCGUCUCCUUAUUUAUUUGUUUAUUUAUUAAAUGUCUAGUAGGGUACUCGUUUCACAUAAUUAUGAGUACAUGUCUUCUAGUUCCAAAGUCGUACAUUGUCUUGAUCCACAACAGUUUAUACUCAAGAUCCGACAACAGCCUAUUCAAGCUCGUCAAAGUACAAACAAUGAGAGAGACCGUAGACCUCUUGAUCCUCCUCCUAUUAUACAGAUCGAACUUGAUAAUUCAACUGCUCAACAAACACAGGAUUUCUUACAAAACCCUUACCUCUUUAUGUCUGUUACCUUAGUUCACUCAAACACACAAGAGGCUAUCUCAACACAAAACAUAUUAACAGGCCAAACAGCUUCCUCUAUGUAUAAACUAAAAGACAUCAACAACCAUGAUGGCGGCUUCUUUGUUUUUGGUGAUCUCUCGGUCAAAUUAGAAGGACAAUUCAGAUUAAAGUUUUCCAUGUUUAAAAUAACUAAAGUUGGAGCAACAAACCUAAGUUCGAUCUAUUCCAAUGUCUUUCAAGUCUAUUCUCCCAAAACAUUUCCCGGGAUGCUUGAAUCUACUUUUCUUUCUCGGUCAUUUUCAGAUCAAGGCGUUCGUAUUCGAAUUCGAAAAGAACAUCGAGUACAAAUGAACAUCUCUCGUAAAAGAAAAAUGUCUACUCAAGAAGAAGAACAACAACAGGAAGAACGUGUGUUUGGAUAUCCAAGGUUACUGCAUCCCUAUUAUCACUCGCAUGCUUCUUUGUACCAUCCUUCUUUAAGCAGACAGCCACAAGGUCAUGUAUGGUAUAAUGAUCACCGACAACAAAGAAGAAGGGACAUUGACAUACCAACCAGUCAUUCAUUACCUCAUCCUUUAUGUCUAGACAGACAACCCUUUGCUGACCCUACUAGACUAGGCUAUGCAAACCGAUAUGAUAAAUUCUAUUACUGUAACAGAACACCACCUCUGCAUCUUUCUUUUAUGAAACCAACUGAACCUACAAAACCAUGCCGAAGACAGUCAGCAGAAUGCUUACCUUAUAGCCGUCAUUUAAACGAAUCUCGGCGCAUGUCUCUUCAGUCCCAUCCUAUGCCCAGUUCACCUGAGCGCAUUCAAUUGCCUCCUUUACGUUCCAUGUUUACACCACAAGAAGAUCUAGUUCAAGUAGAUGCUGCCGUAGCCAUGAUGCAACUUGCUUCUACUCUCAAUUAAUGCCAUACGGUCUGGUUUACCU